AUGCUCGGCAAAACCUACCAAGAUGUGCUCAAUUUAUUGCAAUACGAGUACACUCUUCCAGAAACCGAGGAAAGCUGGAAGAAACGUCAAGAUUUGCUCGCCGAACUCUCUGAUUACUUUGAGAAACGCAAGGAGAACAGCGCCCUUCCAAACGAUCUUAUCCAGAAGGUCAAAGCUGUCUUGCCCCACAUCCUGACUACUGCCGGCUCUGAGCGUACCACGCUGUCUGGUCAAGCCUGUCGAGCCCUCUCAAACAUUGUGAAGAACCUGGAAAGUCACCUCCAGCCCCACCUCGACCUUCUCCUUCCAAGCCUCAUUACUGUCUGCGGCUCUACCAAGACCGUCAAUCAGAAAAACGCCAAUGAUGUGAUUGUCAACCUCUGCAAACAUGCUGGCUACAGCUCACGCCUCUUCUACCAUGUCUGCGCCGCAUUCAAAGACAGCCGCGUUCCUCCCCGCACUUAUGCUCCAGAAUGGCUCAACAUCCUUCUACAGACGUAUCGCGCUCAAAUGGACCGUGACAGAGAUGGUGGUCUUGCUGGUACUGCCAUCUUUCAGGGGCUCACUGACGGACAAGUCAAAGUCCGGGAGAAUAGCCGCGCCGUAUUCUGGACAUACCACAAAUACGAUGUCUCGGGUGCUCGCAUGAUCAUGGGCGGCCUCAAUUCUCACGCACAAAAGGCUCUGCAGGCUGAUCCACACAACCCAGACAAAGCCACUGCUAGUGCUGCCAAACCUGCUGUCGCCCCCAGACCAAAGUCUGCUCUUGCCAGCAUCAAAGCUCAGAACAAAGAACGUAUGGCUCAAUCUCAAGAGGUCCAGAAACCACAAAAACCUCAUAAUCCCAGCGAUGAACUCAGUUCACUCAAGUCAGCAGACUUCAAGCUGUUUGGCAGCAUCGAAGUCGACGACGGCAAAAAGCCGAGUGGCCUGCUGUCCGCGCCAGUCAGGAGACGUAUCGUUGCCACACCCAUGGCCUCCUCUAGCAAUGCCAAUGUCCAACGGCCUGAGUCCCGUGGCAGAGUGGGACCACCAGCCGCCGCUGUUGCCAAAGAUAUCGGGAUCAAAAGCGCCCCCGAACCCCUACCCGGCUCUAGCUGGGACACCAUCAAAUCAAACAAGUUGGCCGCAGACAGCCUCCCAACCUCCAGCUGGGAGAGCCUCAAGUCUGAGGGCAAAGAGAACGUAAUGGCAAUCCGAUCAAAGAAGAAGCGGUCGCCACGGCGCUCGCCGGAGCACGACCGUCUCGCGUCCGAGAAGAAGACUCUGGCGAUGGCUAUCGAGUCUCUGCGCCGCAAGAGUCUCGACGCUCUUGGCUGGCGCAGACUUAAGAAGUUGCUCGAAGAAAAUCCUGGUGUUUUAAUCACCAAGCAAGCACAGUUCAAUGAACUGUUUGAACUUCUCAUCACCAACGUGGCCAAUCUGGACAUGAUCGCGGAAUCCAGAGACAAGCGACUCACCAACUACAAUCACCCUGCAUAUCAUACACACACGAUGCUCGUCUGCUUGAUGCACCUGCAAGACCAAUAUCCCCAGUGGCCCGAGCCACAGCCUGGCAUGACCUUGUCUGCACUACUCAUUGCCAGAUGCAACUUCAGCUCCAGUUAUGAGUCUGUUCUGACAGCUGUCGACGAGGGAGCACUUUACCUCUGCAACCGCUGCAAUACCCUUCUUCCUACAAUCGACGCCGUCCUCGAUAUUCUUCAGACAGUCGAGCGCAUCAUUGCAUCAAAUGAUCCUAUUGUUACCCCCACGUCGACCGACACUAUAUUUUUCAACAGCCUUCAGUCUCUGGCUUCCGACUUUGGCCCUGAAAAGCCUCGUUUCGCCAACAGACUCCCUAUUGUUAUGGACUUCGGCUUGAAGAUCAUCAACCAGCUGCUCUACCGGCUCGAGCAAAGCGGCGAGUCCCUCUACGAGAUCCAAGAAGACCGCCUGGCCGGGUACGCAACAUACCUUCUCGCCACAUACAACUCUAUCAUUAAACGCGGCGUCAUGAACUUCUGCAUCAGUCUUCAUGCCGUCGUCAAGCCAGAAAAAAGAUUCUACAACUACUUCAAAAAGGAGUCGGACAAGAACUUGAUUCAUUAUUAUGUUGAUAUCGCUGGAUCGCCGUGA